CUUAGUGUCAGUGCCUAUCGAGCCCAUGCAUCUGCACACAAGAAGAUCCUGUCCAGCAGCUCCUACCAGACGCAGUUCAACUACGGAAGCACGGCGGCUUCCUCCGGCUCGGCACCGACCACGUCUGGACUGUUUUCAGUGAAUGCUACCGACUUCUCUUCUACUACCAAAACUACUACCACUACUACUACUGCUACUGCUACUACCGCUACUAGCAUUUCUUCUAGAAAGCGUGCCGCUAUCUAUCCACCUAACACCACAAACAAAAACGCCACAGACUAGUGUUUGGGGAGCGACAGAACAAAAGAAAAACCAAAAAGUGUCGGUGUGUGCGUGUGGAGUGCAACUUUGCUGCAUGUUGAGAAGAAAGUUUUGGGUUUCCUCCUUAAGCGCACCCACACACGCACCCCCUUAACCAACCAGCCGCGUAGCUAGGCCUUAAGUGUGUGCGUGUGUCCGCUGGCGCAAACAUGGAAGUUGGCCGGAAGAUAAAGUUUCUGCUUCCAACCGGGAACAACGGAAGUAACGGUGGCAACAACGGUGGCUGCAGUGGUGGCGGAAACGUCGGAGGAAAGAUGGACCCGGCCAACCCGAACGCUGCCCUGAUACCGACAUGUUCGACCAUUUCCGGCCAGUCCUCCUCCAGCGGGGCCCCGGGUACGGCCAUAGUGGCCAUCGGGGGCGUCGGCGGUGGCAUCGGUGGCUCGUCUUCGGCCAUGGUCCCGGUGACCGGUGCCGGCGGGUCGACGCUGCUCAGCCCCACGUUGCUGUCGCCGGGCACCAACACCGGCACGGCCUCGAUUGCCACGUCCCGGGACGAGGAGGAUGACUCGAGCAACCAGGUGUCCUCGGCGGGCAGCAAAAGCUCCGGCCAGCGUUUUAGCUCCGGUUCGUCCCGGACCCUGGUCGGUCCGACCACCUCGCUGGUGUCCCGCUCGACCAGCAACGAACUGUCCGCAGUUCGUCCGCUGCGUCAUCCCAGCUACAACUCGUUCCGAACGUUGCGAACGGCGUCCAACUCGUCGGCGGGAACCAUCGACCAGCCGGGUGCCGGAGGAGGACCCCGAACCGGACUCGGCUAUCAGUCCAUCGAUCGAAGUUUCAGCUUCAACGAGGCCGACCAGCGGCGCAACCGGCAGCGGGCGCGGCAAUCUUCGUCCGUCCGGUGGAACGAGGCGUCCUUUUCGCGCCAGUCCUCGACCACUUCCCGGGGCCGGCGACCCUCCCGGGGGCGUCGGUUCUCACUGCGGGAUCCAACGCUGGACGAUGACGACGAAGACGACGUUAAUGAGAUUAAUCAAUUAUCCUCGAUGGAUAGCGGGGGCGGUGUCGGUGGAUCCCUGCGAGGUCCCGGCGGAGGCCAACUGCUGCAAAAGUCAAUGUCCAACGGGAUGACCCAGGGCGCCCAGAGCUGGAAGAAGCUGCGGGCCGUGAUGGCGUACUACUGUUCGCUGCGAAAGAUCAAGAGGACCAAGUCGAACCAGCGCUGGAUGAAGCUCCGGACGACGGUGCAGAUCUCGUCGGCCAUGUCGGUCAAGAAGCCGCCGCUCAAGCGGGAAGACUCGUUCCUCAAGCGCUUCUCGACCCGGCAGAUCCCGGAGACGCAGGAAACCGUCGAGGACACCGGCUCGGAGGGCGCGACGGACGCGGACAAAACGGUGCGGCGCCGGCGCCGGCUGAAGAUCCCCAAGACCGUCGUCAACCCGGACGAGAACUUUUACUUCUACUGGCUGAUGACGGUCACGAUCUCCAUCCUGUACAACCUGUGGACGCUGAUCGUGCGGCAGAGCUUCCCGGAGCUGCAGGAGAACGCCAGCCGGUUCUGGCUCAGCUGCGACUGCCUCACGGACUUUGUCUUCAUCGUGGACGUGGCCGUUCAGCUGCGCACCGGCUACCUCGAGCAGGGCCUGAUGGUUUACGACUCGAAGAAACUGGCAGGCCACUACCUUCAUUCGAGUGAAUUUUUGUUCGACUUAGCGAGCUUAGUACCCUUAGAUAUCUUACAAAUUCGUCUCGGCGCGCAGCCGUUGCUGCGGUUUCCUAGGUUUUUCAAGGUUUAUCGUGCCAUUAAGUACUACUACAUCGUCGAAAGCAGAACGGUUUGGCCCAAUUUGUGGCGGGUCGUAAAUCUAAUCCACAUCCUGCUCAUCCUGGCGCACUGGUUCGGGUGCUUUUACUUUCUGCUCUCCGAGGCGGAGGGCUUUCAGGGCGACUGGGUGUAUCCGUACCGGCCAGGGGAUUAUGCAACGCUCACCCGGAAGUACCUGGGCAGUUUGUACUGGUCGACGCUCACCCUGACCACGAUCGGCGAUCUGCCGACGCCGGAAACGAACGCGGAACCGUCACAAUCGGCGGACGGCCCUAGAUCUCUUCCGCGACGUGGACUUAAAUCCCGACUCUUGCAGUUCAACUCGAGCCGAGGGUACGUGUUCACGAUCGUCAGCUACCUGAUCGGCGUGUUCAUCUUCGCGACCAUCGUCGGCCAGGUCGGCAACGUGAUCACAAACCGGAACGCGAACCGGCUCGAGUUUGAGCGGCUGCUGGACGGCGCCAAAACGUACAUGCGGCACCACAAGGUGCCCGGCGGGAUGAAGCGGCGCGUGCUGCGGUGGUACGACUACAGCUGGUCCCGGGGCCGGAUACAGGGCGGCGGCGACAUCAACACGGCGCUCGGUCUGCUGCCGGACAAGCUCAAGACGGAGCUGGCGCUGCACGUGAACCUGAGCGUGCUCAAGAAGGUCACGAUCUUCCAGGAGUGCCAGCCGGAGUUUCUGCACGAUCUGGUGCUCAAGAUGAAGGCGUACAUCUUUACGCCCGGCGAUUCGAUCUGCCGGAAGGGCGAGGUGGCCCGCGAGAUGUUCAUCAUCGCCGACGGCAUCCUGGAGGUGCUGAGCGAGACGGGCAAGGUGCUGACCACGAUGAAGGCGGGCGAUUUUUUCGGCGAAAUCGGCAUCCUCAACCUGGACGGGUUGAACAAACGGACGGCCGACGUGCGGUCGGUCGGCUACUCGGAGCUGUUCUCGCUGUCCCGCGAGGACGUCCUGACGGCGAUGAAGGACUACCCGGAAGCACAAGAGAUCCUCCAAACGCUGGGACGCAAAAGACUGAUGGAGGUGCGCUGCGUGAACAAGAAGCACGCCAGCAAACACGCCGCGAAGGAACACGGCGUUGAACAUAGCUCAAACGUAACCAACAACAAUAACAACAAUAACCAAGGUGAUAGUAGUGAUAAUAGUGCCUCAAAACGUAUCGUAGAUAAGCUUAGAAGUGAUGUUAAGGGAUUUAAGAAUGCGCUGCGCAAAUCAAGGACGGGAACAACUAGACGUAGUAACGAAUCGAUCGAGAUGCAACCGCUGCACGGUGGCGGCGGCGGUGGCAACACGAGUGGGGGCAGCGGUGGCAGCGCCAGCAGCAAAACGCCCAAAACCAUGCUGCGCCGGAUGCCCCGGGUCAAGUCGGACGAGGUGCACACCGAGGACGAGGGCGGCGGCCGGGACCACGACAAGGUGCCGAGUCCGAUCGGUGCAGGGCUUCCACUGCUGCAGCGGCUGCGGCUCCUCAAGGAGAAACAAGACCGUGAAGAGCGUGCCGCAAAGGCGUCAUCCGCGGGUGCCACCGCCAUGGGCCACGUGGCCUCCGCAAGCACCACCACCGCUCAAAUAAUCUCACCGCCACCGCCACAUACUCACGUAACAUCUGCCAUAUCACCGCAGGAAUCGAUACAGGAAGAGCCGGAACCGGAAGUGAUCGGGGCCGGGCUGCCACUGAUGCAGCGGCUCCGGAUGCUCAAGGCCAAAGAGGACCGCCAGGCCCGGGACGCGCAAUCGAAGCUCCAGGUAGCUUCAAACCAGACAACAUCCAGCUCACCGUCGCUGAUUCAGAGCCUGAGUCCGACGUCUCCCAUCCAGGUGAAGGCCAGUCCGCCAAGCCCGAUCCUGAACACCAGCGCCGCGGCUCACCACGGGAAAAGCUCGAUGCGGGUAUCGUUCAAGGAUCGCAUCAAGAGCAUGCAACGGCAAGAGUCCAAAGCGGAGUCCCGUGCGGCGGUGGCAGCUGCGGCUCCAGCGACCAUCGCCGAAACCACCGACAUGAGCCAGCACCUGCUGACGAGCGUGCCAACGAAACCUGCCAAGCCAUCGGCGGCGCAAUCGCUAAAGGACAAGAUCCGAUCGCUAGGGCACUUGCAACGAGGCGGCGAUGAUCAUCAGUUGAAGCCGUGGUCCAAGCUGAAGCUGGCCACGGUGGUAAGCGUGGGUGGGAGUUACACCAGCUUGAACAACAGCUUCAACGAGGACUCGCCGAUCCUGGAGCAGUCGAAGAAGAGCCGCCACAAAACCUCUAUCCCGGCGGAUUUGAACCUAUCCUCGCUGGUGUCCACCACACCUCCUCCGAUCUCUUCCGCGCCCCCAACGACCACGGCCAGCGGGUCCGUAUUUCAACCACCGCGAAAAGUGUUCAGCCAAAGUACGUUCGUCGACAAGGUCUGCACGAGCGACAGUGAAGUGAUGACGAGCAAGAAGCAACCUCCACCACCGCCGGCCCGCGUUCGCAUGAAACAGAAACCGAAGCCGAUCCAAUUGACCAGCGAACCGAAGGAUUACAAAAGUUACGUGUCCGUUGACGACCUGUCGCCCGAGUACAGCGGACUGCCGUUUGUGAAGCGCCUCAAGAUACUGAACGAACGCCAAAAGCUGGCCGAACUCGAAUCGGCCAUGCAAACCCGUAGCCUUAGUCUAGAUUGUACCGAUUCCAACAGCAGUAACGCCGGCUACGAACCGAUCGAUCAGCUGUCACGCAGCAAAAGCGAAGGUUCCGGCAUAGCGUGCUCCCACUCCAAGAGUGCCUCUCCCGUAACACACCAGCACCACCGAACGGACAGCGGUGGCUCCUUCGUCGGAAGUACCCCGCUCAGUCCCGAGUCGAACGAAACGCCCGAACGGCGCCAGCUCAAAUCGAUCCUCAAGAAGCUCUCCGAGGACAAGGUCGCCCUGGACCAACGGCAAGGCAUCAUGCCGAACCGGGAGCUGAAGAAGCUGAUGCGAGCCCAAACGGUGGAAGGGUACGUUGCUAGACACAGCAAGUUCGCAAAGAGCGUUACCUUCAAUAGAAACACACUCUCUAGUCCUCCCGCAAGUGUUCAUGUACGUGAGUCUAUUGAAGACAGCACUCUUUUUCCCAUUCCUAGCGCACAAAGUACCACGACCACCACCACUACCACCGUGAUCGCGAGUGCCACGACCACCACGACAAACACGGCCACCAACUCGACGAGCGAGGAAAGUUCGCUCUCCACGGUAGCCAAGAACAUCCAGUUCACCGCGACCUCGCAACUUCCGCUCGCGCCGCCGACGCCACCCACCACGUGUGACACCUCCGUGACCUCGCACCAGGCCCUUGCCGUCGUCAGCAACAACGGGUACUACGAACCGGACGCGGUGUUCCACGCCAACGGAGACCUCUCGAUCGCGGACGAUUCACCGUCCAAAGGGUCGUCACUGUCGGCGUUCGGCGGCCAGCGGAAGAUCAUCAAAGGUUCCCUCGAGGAGCAGGAGUUCUUCGGCGAGGUCCUGCUCGGCAUCAAGCAGGUCAUCCAGACGCAUAUGAAGGAGAUACAGGUUAAGUUCCAGGACAAGUUCUUCAACCUGGAGCUGGAGGUGAAGAAGCGGGACGACAUCAUAUCAAAGCUGCAGCACCGCAUCCUGGAGAUGGAGCGGGAGCAGCAGGAUCAGCAGCUGGUGGCGCUGAGGGCGUACGACGACGACGGGAACGAGGACGAAGAUGUGCUGGUGUUCCAGCAGCAGCAGCAGCAGCAACGGCAGGGAUCCUCCGGCAGUGGUACCUCGCGGUCGUCCGACGAGCUGCCGUUUAUGCGCGGUGACUCCCUCGACACCAUCUUCGCCUCGUCGCCCCACUCCGAUUCGGACGCACCCCGCGCGCCAAAGGUCGUUCGCAACCGGAAACCUCGCAGCUCGCCCCGCCAUCGGCCCCUCCGAAAUCGACCGCCACCGCCGGGCUGGGACGAAAGCACCGACCAGGACAGCUUCGACCGACGGGACUCUCCGCCCGUCGCCGUUGCCGCGGCGGUUCCACCUCCGGUUCCUCCACGCCGUGCGUCUUCCUCACCCGCCGUUGACCGGAUACGCAGUCCGUAUCGGGACAUUGUGAUAUCGGAACUCACGGGGAACAUCAUCUCGGACAGCGUGAUCGUCAACAUCGAGAAGAGUUCCAGCUCGGAACAUUCCGACAACAACUACGAAGAGGAGGGAGGGGAAGAGGAGGGUGAGGAGGAGGAAACAGGGGAGCUGGGAGUGGAGGAGGAGGUUGAAGAGGAGGAGGAUGACGAGUUCGCCAGCGAGUCGGGCAAACUGGUCCAGAACCGGGGCAGUCGGAGCAGUGACGAUGACUUUUACGUCGAUGACUUCGAUGUCGACGAGGAGGAGGAAGAGGAGGCGGAAGAGGAAGAAGAGCAGAUGAACCACAACGACUGGGAGGUUCGCAUGCUGGCGGCGGAACUGAAGAAGCGCGAAAGUGUCAGCACGGACUUCCCGAGUGACGUGGACGAGCACGACGGGCUGCUGCGGCGACGCCGAAAACGCAGCGAAACGGACACCGACGGCAGCGGGGCCGAACUGGAGGUGCUGAGGAGACCCCGCGCAGCCAGUCUGGACCAGCACAACCUGCGACGGAUGGCCAGCAUGAGCUCGGCAGCAGGGCCAAGCCAGCAGCAGCAGCAGCAACGACGCCGAGGUUCCAUCUUCAAGGCCAUGAGCUUCGACCGGGACAAAGAUCGUCUCUGAGAAUUAAGGCUCAGAUGUGACGUGUGCAUGUUCACCAGUAUCACCAACGUGAUCAUCAUCGAGUGGAACAAGCGGUAAUCCGAAACCAGAACCAAACAAAAAAGUAAAAAAGAACGCACUAUUAUGUAAGCAAACAAAAAGUAAACAAACGAGUUGAAAGAGGUAGACACAAGUUGAGCUAGUUUAUAGACCCCACAUCACAAGCCCCUUAACAGAUUGAUAGAUUCUAUUGAUUGAGUUGAGAGCAGCCUACGAAACAUUUAGGGAAUAGUCCAAACUAUAGCGUGAAUACGGUAGAAAUUUUGUUGCAACAACAACAACAGAUAAAAUACCAAAAAACAGAGAUUUUAUCGCACGUUUUGCACACACACACACAUUAAAGAAAAUGAAUAUAAAUUAAGCUCGCGCGUUUAGUUACAUUGUUACAUCAAAAAGAGAGAGUAAGAGAGAAUGCUUUUCAUAUUACGACCAGAGAAAAAGAGAGAGAGAGCGUUGUUACCUAUUUUCAGUUCGUGUAGUGGCGUGAACAAGACGAGUUAAAGUUCCAAGUACCGACGUUUUAAGAAAAAUUAAAAACAUAAUAACAGCUGAGCGCUAACCUAACUAUACGAUGUAGAAACUAUAGCAAACAGAAACAAUACCGUCUGUGCGGUAGUGAAUUUUAAAAUCUAAACACCUAGCGAAGCAUUACAUCCCGUCCAGAUCCAGUUGGUUCUUCCCUCCGAUUGCGUUGAUCGGUUGAAUUAACUUAAGACAAGUUCAGUAUCAUCACAAAGUGGUGCAAUUUCCCUGUCGUUUUUAUCUCAUGUUAGUUGUUAUUAUUUUUGGUAAGGUGCAGGGUGACCACUCGACUUGUGUUUUAAAAUAAAUACCGAUAACAUCUUUAGAAAUACAGCAACACGGUUUUUUUUACCAAAUAUCUGCCUAAUUUUUUCAAGUUUUUUUUUCAAUUUUGUCUAAAGUUUUAGGCUGGUUUUCGAAAAAAAUGAAGUUAGUCUCACUCAUCAUCAGUCAUUUUCGACAACAGGAAAUGUGUCGAAAAGUCGUGUUGCCAAAAACGGAAUGGCACUGUAGUAAGUUCACAGAUAAACUGACGUAAAUCAUUGAACAUUUUUAUUAAACAUCCAUCGGUCGCUUCUCACUAGAGCCACCUAGUUUAGAACGUGUGCAUCGCUUUAAAUGGUUGAUAGAGUGAGUGAAUGGUGAGUGGUAGUGAGUUUAAAAUUGCCGCGGUGAGUUUUCAAUAAUUCAAAUUAGCCGUUCAAUUGCUGUUUUUUGGAAUAAGAAAGUGAUUUACGUCUGUUUGUCAGUGGUAAAUACACAAAUGAUUACAUACGAUUGGUGAUAUUUUUAUUCACAACGAUAAAACUACAAUGAUCCUUUGUACGAGUUCACAUUUUCAAUGGAAAUUUAAGUGCAAUCAACUAAAAUCAAAAAGUUUUUUUUCGCAAUCAUAUCGCCGUUUUCAAGAUAUAGCCAGCCAAACUUUUAUUUUCGAUUUUCAAUGUUAAAAAUUAAAACAUUCGUGAAAUUUCUAUUUUCUAAAACACUAUUUUUAUUUUUUUAAAUCAAGAAUAACUUUUUAAAAGGGCCAAACAUCACCCUUUCGAUAUGUUAGUCUUGAUUUAAAAAAAUGAAAAUAAGAUCGGAAAAUUUCACGAAUGUUUCAUGUUUAUAAAAAAAGAAACACAUAAAAAUUUGAUUCAGCAAACCAAGGUAUAUUUUGUGAAUGUUUUUAAAUGUGCAGAUCAAAAGCAUUUUGAAAGGAAACUGAAAUUUGUAAACUGUAAAUUUGGAGGACCGUGGUGUAGGAGUAAGCGUGGUUGCCUCUCACCCAGUCGGCCUGAGUUCGAUCCCAGAAGGUCCCGGUGGCGAAUUUCGAGACGAGAUUUGUCUGACCACGCCUUCCGUCGGAUGGGGAAGUAAAUGUUGGCCCCGGUCUAACCUAAAGGGUUAGGUCGAUAGCUCAGUCCAAGUGUAGGAGUCGUCUCUUUGGGUCCUGCCUCGGUGGAGUCACUGGUAGGCAGUUGGACUCACAAUCCAAAGGUCGUCAGUUCGAAUCCGGGGUUGGAAUGGAAGCUAGGUGUAUAAGAGGUUUGCAAUUGCCUCAACAAUCAAGCCUUCGAACACCAAGUUUCGAGUAGGAAUCUCGUAAUCGAGAAUGCCAUGGCAAUGCUGUAGAGCGAAUAAUUUGAUUCGAUUUGUUUGUAAAAAGGUCAUACGGAUAUUUGCUCAGCAAGAGUUAGUUGCCUUAGUCAUAGGGAAGGCCUCCACAAAGGUUUAGCCAAAUAAAUAACAAAUAAAUUCUCUUUCGGAAAUUCAGGGAGAAUGGUUCAAGUGUACCCUAUUUAGACUACAUUUUAUAAGUGACGAUAUCUUGGAAACUAGCCGAUUUUCAAUAUUCAAAAAUGAAACUUUUGUGGAUUUUGUUUACCUCUUCAAUAAACAUAUUUUUGAUAUUAUUAUAAUCUAGAAAAAACCAUUUGAAGUCAAGACUGGGCACAAUAAUUAAGAAAUUUGAGAUUACUGUGUUGUGUGUGUGCGUGUGCGUGCAACCAAUCAAACGGGACCACGUGGUCGCUUCUUACAAAUUGAGUUGUUUCCAUGUAUUUUUAGAUCUACAUUCUAUACAUGCAAAUAACUCGCAUAGGCAUUUGGAUGGUGUUAGCUCUGCUGAGCUUAGGUGACCCAUUCCUACGCAGGCUAGCCGUGCGCGAGGUAUCUCAGCUUGAAUCGACAAGCCCCGCCCUAAUGAACGUUUGCAGCAAUCGGAUUCAAACGUUAUUUAGAACUUCUGAACCUUUGUCAAAUGGACAAAGACCCAGCGCGUAUAUAGUUUCAGUGGUAACAGUGUUCUUAAUUCCAGUCGUAGCUCACCAAGCCGUAAUGGCUUAGUGUUUUGCAUUUUUGCUUAACAAUCCAAACGACGGGGGAUCGAACCCCGAUUCGAGUAAUUUUGAUUUUCGUUCAUGUUCAGAGCUUCAAUUUAUAUUUCCUAAACUUUCUCGUUGGGAGCAGAUGGGAAUCGAACCCAUGACCAAUCGCUUACAAAGCGAGCAACGUAACCAGUCAGCUACGGCCGCUCCUUUAUAGUAAAAAUUUGGCGUGGUUGUCUUGAAUGAUGUGUGUGUAUGUCAGAAUAUAUGAAAGAAUGGUUGUCUCAUAAAAAGAACGAGCUCACCGGUUCGCUUCUCUUCAAACGUCUUCAGGAAGGUUGUUAAAACAGCGGUCACCAGAUUAGCUAUGGAAAGCACGAAGCGAACCAUGCCGGUUACCGCUUGGGCUGCUUCCGCUUGCCCAAAAAAAAUUGAGAUUACUGUGUUGUUUGUUAAAAUUAACCGAACACAUUUUCUUCAACGUAAUAUAAAUGUGAUUGUAAAUUUUUAAUUUAAAAUGAACAAAUCAGUUUCCAUUGAAUAAAAAUAAAUCAUAAAUGGAGUUUGAGUGGUCACCAUGUUCCUUUCUGGUUUUAGUUGCUUUACUUUAUUUCAGAUUUGAUAAUGGUCGUUACCAAUCCUUAAGUUUUAAGUCAUUCCUCCAACAGUCACGUUCAUUAAACAUCACAUAUUGUAGCACAAAGUGAAUCUAAGGAAAAUACCGAGUUACAAAUACCCUUUUUCAUCCUGCUCGAUUUUUAAACUUACUACUCUUGUUAGUUUUAUAACAAAGUUUAUAAACUCUAGUGAAUACUGAACGAGUUGUAUUAACUGUGCCAGUAUUAUUAUUACUAUAUAUGAAAUAAACACAAACCAAAAGCAACAACAAGUCAGAACCCAAUUGAAACCACGUAAACGUUAACCGUUAAUCGUAACGUAACACAGAAAUAAACACCAGAAGAAAAGGGUGAGCUCGAUUCGGUAUGGCAAAGACAACAUACUAACGAUCCUAAACUGAGAGACAAGUGCGACGACCAAAAACAAACAGAGAAAAAAAACAACAAACUUUCUUAUCUUAACGUAGCAUAGAUUAGUAUCACACAAAAAUGUAACAUAAACAAGCGAAACACGCGUAACUUAAUGGUUAAGGCGAACAAACAAACUCACAACCUUAACAACAACAAAAAAAAGAUGCUUUAGUUGAAGCUGAUUCAGCAAACAGAGGCCUGUGCUACGGACAGCAUGAACCAGCAGCGAAAUGCGAUUGGUAGUGAUUUGCAGACUUGGAUUCCACACAAAAAUACACAUUUGUUGAGUUUGACACAAACACACAGAGACACACUUAACACGUUCGAAUUAGUCAAUUAGUUACCUUAAGUCGAUCGCGGACCACGAAGCAAUGUGAUAGAAGAGCUGAAGGAAAUUUCCCAACAAAAAAAAAAAAACAAACAAGUUAGCGCUAAUGUUAGGUCCUUGCUUUGGUGAAAUUUAAAUGUUUAUUUUCUAAAUCAAUUUUAAAUAGUUUACAAGCAAUCGUGCGUGAAGUUGUUACAAAUCAGUUGAUCAGGAAAACAAACUAAGACAAACGCUUUAAAGCAAAUCGAAGCAUCUUUUUACUUUAAAACAAGAGAACAAAACAGCAACGACAACGGAAACCACACAAAGUAUUCAUUUAAAAAAAAAAAGACGACUACUCACAAUCCCUGCGCGGUCUGUGUUUAUCUUUGUCUCCCAUCGGAAUGAACGGAAGUGCGGAAGUAUUAUAGGCAACCGGAAAUCACAA